AUUGCUCAUAUAAGAAUGGUCUGUUAUGUUUUGUUAACAAUAUCAUUCACUUUCUAUGUCAUAACGUUGUUCAAUAUCGAAGAGAGAGCACCUACUAGAGAAGGGUGAUGAGUCCACAAUGCGUCGAAUUAUCCUAAUUCUUCUAUUAAUAGCGUAUACGAAACCAGAAAAAUGUGAACAGAUCAAAAUCGGAAACGAAUUCUACAAACGGCAACUGAUAGCUACUAUCGAUGGAUAUCCAACUGGUAUGACGAUUGAUCCAAGAACUGAAAAUAUAUUCUUCAUACUCCAUAAAAGGAAUUAUACAAAAGGAAUCCAUAUUUUGAAACAUGGCUCUUUGGGAGUUAAAGAACUUCCAUUAUCCGAUGAUGUUAUUGGACAAUGUGUCGCUGUGGAUACAGUCAAUAAUUUGAUAUAUAUUGGUACUAAUCAAGGCUUGGUUACGUACGACAAUUCACGAGCAGAAAUCACAGCUGAACGGCCUAUGGGAGACGAUGACGUAAGAAACAUAUUCAUUGACAAGAUUGACAAUCAAAUGUACAUCACUACGGGCUCAAACCACGAGAUAUUUAAAUUCAUGAACGGUUCUGCAGCUGUUAAAAGAUACGAUAAAAUACCUAAAGCAUACAGUUUUGUUCUGGACAGCAAAGGCAAUGCCUUCUACGAAUAUGUUGACGGAAGAUUGUAUUUCUUUUCAAUUGAUUUGUACGAGCCUGUUCAAUAUAAAGGAUUUACAAGAGAAUUGAAGUAUAUACUUCAAUUGAAUAACAGUGAUGAAGCAAUAGUCGCUGUUAAAGGUUCGUUGUAUAGAUUAUUUACUAAAAGUAUUCUGCCAGUGAAGCUUGGGCAAUUGGGUUUUCGUAUAACGGGAAUGGUUUUUGAUAAUAAAAAUAAUAUAAUUAUUGGUACUAAAGGAAAGAUUUAUAGAUAUAAGCCAAUAGAUGGUAAUGAUCCUUGUCCGGCUGAUGAUUAUUUUAUGUCGAGUAUAUAAUAUUUAGCAGCCAUUCGAAGUAUCCUAUGUAUCUACAUGUUACAUGCUACGUGCCUAAUUAUUUACCUAUUGAAUAUAUUAUUAUAAUUCGUUUUUUCUUACUUAACAUAAUCAACAUGAAAUAUAUCAAUAAUAAAUAGACAAUGAAAACAUACAUUUGGUGAAAAAAAAAUAUAAAUAAAUAGAGGUCUAGUUUCAUGUGUGAUGAAGAUAUGUUCGAAAAGUAAGAAGGAACGAAUUGUAGAGCUAAUGAUUUCAGUUUUAUUUGCUUGUAACGCCGUGUGAAUAUAUUGUUUUAUUGUGAA